AUGUCAGACGGAUUGGACACUGUCGACAUCACUUCGUUGAACGCACUCGCUGCGGGCACAAAUAAGAAGAACCCAAGAAUCGUGGCUGCUGGUUUGGGCGGUAAGCUCAUGGGCACCAAAUCUCUUGUCAAUGUCACUGCUGAGCAGCUUGCCGAGGAUCUGAAAACCUUCUACGAGAAGGAUGAGGAGGCUCGUAAGAAGUACUCCAAGCAGAUGCACAUCCUGGACAAACCAUGGACCCUUUCCAACUGGCACGAGCACAUCAACUGGUUGAACUUCAUAUUGGUGGUGGCCAUUCCUGCCUUUGGCAUUUGGUCGGCCUACAACUACCCUCCAGACUUGAAGACCUUGGCUCUUGCCUUUGUCAUGUACUGCUUUUCCGGUAUCUCCAUCACCGCUGGUUACCACCGUCUUUGGUCCCACAAGUCCUAUGACGCUCACUGGCUCGUGAGAUCUUUCUACGCCUUCUUCGGUGCCGGUGCCGUUCAGGGCUCCAUUAAGUGGUGGGGCCACUCUCACAGAGUCCACCACAGAUUCACUGACACUAACAGAGAUCCUUACGAUGCGAGACAAGGUUUCUGGUACUCACACAUGGGAUGGAUGUUGACCAAGGCAAACCCUAAGAACAGAGCCAGAGCCGACAUCUCUGACUUGACCUCCGACCCAAUCGUCGUUUUCCAGCACCGCCACUACUUGACCUUGAUGCUCUUGUCGGCAAUCGGCUUUCCAACCUUGAUUGCUGGUCUCGGCUGGGGUGACUACUACGGUGGUUUUGUGUACGCCGGUAUCUUGAAGUACUUUGUCAUCCAGCAGGCUACCUUCUGUGUUAACUCUUUGGCUCACUGGAUUGGUACCCAGCCAUUUGACGAUAGAAGAACCCCCAGAGACCACGUUUUGACGGCGUUUGUCACCUUCGGUGAGGGCUACCAUAACUUCCAUCACGAGUUCCCCUCGGACUACAGAAACGCUUUGAAGUGGUACCAGUACGACCCCACCAAGUUGACCAUCUUGGGCCUUUCGAAGCUUGGCUUGACCUGGAACUUGAAGACCUUCUCUCAGAAUGCCAUUGAGCAAGGUUUGUUCCAGCAGCAGCAGAAGAAGUUGAACAAGAUGAAGGCACAGUUGAACUGGGGUACCCCAGUCAGCGAGUUGCCUGUGUGGGACAUGGAGCACUUCAAGAAGAUUGCCAAGGACGAAGGUCUUCUCAUCAUUUCGGGCAUUGUGCACAAUGUCAAGAACUUCAUCAAGGAGCACCCCGGUGGUCAGGCCUUGGUGAGAGCGUCUUUGGGCAAGGAUGCCACCAAGGCGUUCAACGGUCACGUGUAUGCCCACUCGAAUGCUGCCCACAACUUGUUGGCGACCAUGAGAGUCGCUGUGAUCAAGGAUUCUGUCGUCAAUGGCAACACCUUCGACCUCCAAGAGGAGAUGCUUGCAAAGAAGGAGACGUAA